AUUAACUAUAACCUGACAUAAUUCACCAACAUUAUUUUUUCUGUUGGUUAAGAAUAGCACAUGAGCAUGAUUAUAUGAUUAUUUAUAUUGUUAAAAAGAAUAAAAGCGAUGAACUUUUGAGGAGUGACGGUGAAGCGUUGCCGCGAACUGCGUUGUUCUUCGUACACCGUACGCUCAGAGGUACAUAGCUCCUUACCUCUCUUCUUCCAGGUUUUAUUCUUCUUGGCGUCGGCGACAUUGUUCUCAAUUCGGCAUCUAAUUUCUUCCGCAUUCGGCAAAGUUGAUUUUUCUAUUUUCCCUUUUUUGGGGUGAUUUUGAUCUUACCUAGAACAGGAUGAAGACAGGCUUAAAUGGAUUGAAGGGUAAAGAAAUUACUCUUAUUACCAUUGUUGUCAUGUCUGCAACUAUCAUUUUGUGGAACUGGGAGAAAACACCCCGUCUUACUGCCCUUUUCCCUCCGCAAGAUCCAUUGCAGCUGUCUUCAGAAAUUCUUUCAAGUGUGCCAGAUGAAGUAAAACAUCCUUCGUAUGUAUCAGAUGAAGAAAAACAUCCUUCAAGUGUGUCAGAUGUAGUAAAACAUCCUUCAAGAGUGUCAGAUGUAGUAAAACAUCCUUCCAGUGUGUCAAAUGAAGCAAAUCAGUCUUCCAAUGUGUCAGAUGAAGAAGUAGAACAUGACAGAAUUUCGGAAGCUGGGAAAAAUCAUGCUAUACAAACUUUUCCGAAUCCAACAGCGCAUAAGACUGAAAGGAAUGAAGCACAGGCGGAGAGAACUUCAAAACAAGAAGAAAAUAUAAAACAUCCAGCAAACGAAGAUCCACAAAGAAGCUCUUUAAUUAGUGGAGAAGACAAGAAUUCAAAUAAGGCUACAGAAAGUAAAGUCUGUAACUACGCAAAAGGAAAAUGGGUUCUAGAUGACAAGCGGCCUUUGUAUUCUGGAUUUCAUUGCAAACAGUGGCUGUCAGCGAUGUGGGCAUGCCGCAUGAUGCAACGUACUGAUUUUACUUAUGAGAAGCUCAGAUGGCAGCCAAAUGAUUGUCAAAUGGAGGAAUUUGAAGGUUCUAAAUUUUUGACAAGGAUGCAAAGCAAAACUCUAGCAUUUGUUGGAGACUCAUUGGGCCGGCAGCAGUUCCAGUCUUUAAUGUGCAUGAUCACUGGUGGUAAGGAGGCCCCUGAUGUACAAGAUGUGGGUGCGGAGUAUGGAUUGGUUCUAACAGAGGGAAAUUCCCGCCCUAGUGGAUGGGCAUACCGUUUCCCAAGCACCAAUACUACCAUUCUCUACUACUGGUCAGCAAGUCUCUGUGAUAUUGAACCAAUUGACAUAAACAACCCAGAAACAGAGUAUGCAAUGCACCUGGAUCGGCCACCGGCAUUUUUGCGCCAGUACCUUCACAGGUUUGAUGUACUGGUUCUCAACACAGGUCACCACUGGAAUCGAGGAAAGCUCAAUGCUAACAAAUGGGUAAUGCAUGUUGGGGGUAAGCCAAAUACCAAUAGGAAAAUAGCAGUGAUAUGGGUUGCCAAGAAUCUUACAAUUCACAGCAUUGUUAGUUGGGUGAAUUCACAGCUCCCAAAGUACCCUGGUCUGAAGGCCUUUUAUCGGUCCAUUUCUCCUAGGCAUUUUUUUGGUGGGGAGUGGAACACUGGAGGCAGUUGUGACAAUACCAGACCAAUGUCAAUAGGAAAGGAAAUAUUGGGUGAAGAGUCUACUGAUCAAAGUGCUGCAAGUGCAGUGAAAGGAACAGGAGUGAAGCUCUUGGACAUAACAGCUCUUUCUCAGCUUAGGGACGAGGCUCAUAUAUCACGGUACAGCCUGACAGCACAGCCGGGCGUGCAAGAUUGCUUACACUGGUGUUUGCCGGGUGUUCCUGAUACAUGGAAUGAACUAAUCUUUGCACAGAUCUAGUUUGUUGACCACAACAAUUGGAGAGUAUUUGGUUGGCCUUAAAAAACAUUACCACCAUUCCUCGAGUUGGAAUGGGUCACUUAACUUCGAAUACCAUAGUUUUGCAGAGGAUGUUGUCAUGGGGUUACAAUGUAUCCAACUCUUGAGGUAAUAUUAUGAGAUAUUUGAAGCCGAAAAGCUCAGAGACACUAGAAUAUAAAUUAAGCACUAGUUGGCAUGGCCCCUUGGAGUCCUCAGCAGAAAGGCCGAUGACAAAGGUGCAGUAUAGGAGCUCUUGAAGAAUGUUGGCGGAACGUGAGUUGCUAUUGUGUGGUGUAGCAGUAGCAGUAGCAGCAGAGGUUCUGGUCAGUAGGAUAGGAAGAUACUGUUGCUCUUUUUCAUUUAUUUAGUGGAAAGGAAUAGUGUGGUCUUUUAGUCUUAGAUUUCAGAUUUGUCAAACCUUAAAGGGGUUUCAAUUUUCAACCCUAUUACACAACAAUAUGAUGAUAUGUUAUUAUUGAAUGUAAUGUAUCUCUCCCAGGCGGGAUUGAGUAUUAUAUGUGGGGUCCCUCCUUUUGUUGAA